CUUUUAUAUAAGGCUAUCUAAGUGAAAAUGCAAUUCGACACGGUGGACGCGCUAGGCUUGGCGGAAGGACUUGAGAGUCUCCUCGACGACCCUGCCUUUGACCCCGAGACGCUUGAUCACUCUACCCGUCGCCGGCUGAGCGAGGCCGCUCGCAAGCUCUCCUUUGCCACGGAGGCACCGGGAGAUACUGCCCACCGGAUAGCUCACGCGUCAUUUCAGCUUCCUCUCGCAUUGAUCGGCGUUGAGACGGGCCUCUUCGAUGUCUUAUCUGAUCUCAAAGGUGCCGUAGCUACUCACGCCGAGCUCGGAGAGAAAACGAGCGUUGACCCUUCUCUGCUGAAGCGUCUUUUGCGGUACUAUCAGUCGUUCGGCAUGGUAUCGCAACUUGACGACGAUGAGUUUGCCGCGAAUAAUAUUACGCGGGCACUAGUGUCUCUUGGAGGACGGUCUGCUCUGCCUUUCAUUCAUUCGACAAUAGCACCUGCGAUUAACGCUAUGCCUCAAUACUUGCGUGAAAACAAGUACAGUACGAAGAUGGCGGAUCCGACGGAUAUCCCUUGGUAUCUCGGGCACGAUACCACAGACCCCAUUUUCAAAUGGAUCAAUGAUCGUCCGGAUGUCUUGAAAAGCUUCAUGGGUUGGAUGGCAGGGCAGCGAGAUGGUUUACCUACGUUUUUAGAUGUCGUAGACUUCAAAGAGGAAUUUGCAAAGGGGGCGGCGGACUCCACCCCUAUUUUCGUCGACGUCGGUGGUUCAAUGGGCCAUCAAUGCAUCGCGGUGAGGCAAAGAUGUCCGGACCUCGUCGGGCGUGUUGUGCUGCAGGAUCUUCCGAAGACUAUCGAGAAAGUAAAAGCCAACCCGCUCCCCGGCUUUGAAGGGAUCGAAAUGUUUGAACAUGACUUUUUCAACCCGCAGCCGCUUCAAGGUGCUAGAGUGUAUUACCUGCGCAACGUGCUGCACGACUGGCCCGAUGAGAAAUGCAUCGAAAUCCUACGAAACCUAAAGUCGGCUAUGACGGCCGAAUCCCGCAUUCUGAUCGAUGAGAUGAUCAUGCCGGAACAGGGCGCGCCCUGGCGAGCUACGCAGCAAGACUUCAUCAUGGGCGCCGUCCUCGCCGCCAAGGAGCGGUCCCACGGCGAAUGGCUCGCGCUUUUCGAGGCCGCUGGGUUAAGGAUCGAGACCCUGUGGAAAUACACCGAUGAGUUAUCCGAUCACUUGAUUUCGUUGAUACCGAAGUAGAAAUGCUUUUGGUGAUUACCGGGGUGGUGUAAGCAUGAGAGUUGUAUUACUGUGUGAACAUGGCUCUGCGCGGGCCGAGGCAGGACCUGUCUUAUGAUCUCACUCAGCAAUGACGCUUUUGAUAAGAGCUUUAAAUAGAAAGCGUUCAGAAUACGAUUGUUACGUGCUGAGCAUAGUAGCUGUUAUAUGUACUUAUUUAUCGUAUGACCGUGGCAUCAUAUUUUAUUCAUGCAAUUAUCACAGAGUCAGCGUAUUUUCAUCAAGAUGAGCUCGCUGU